UGUUAAUGUUAGCAAGAGUUUAGAUAAGUAAUCAGGGCCGUAAAUAUAUUAUAAUUCCGAGUAAACCAAUUAGUCAGAAACACAACAAAGCCGAUUUGUUUGUUUGAUUUACGGCACGCGUCCGACGAAUUGGGGCAGAUAAUUUGUAGCGGGCGAAAAUAGUGCAAGAGUGGCCUCGCGAAUGCCUCGACCAAUUUAUUAAUAAAUGCAUGCGCUCGCGGCUGACUCGCAUUCCUGUCAGCAGUACAUAGUUGUCGCAAUUCAAGACCAAAACAAUCGACGUUAUAAUCAAGCUUUGCGUAACGCCGCGAAAUCUGCGAGCGUGUAAGCGAGCGAGUGAGCGAGCGAGAGGAGAGGAAGCGAACGACGUCACCCGUGAUGCGAAAUGCGUACUUUUUGCAGCGCGAAACUAAAUCGGCGAGCCCGCGCUCCAGAGAAACUACUACGUUCGCCGCGACUCGCUCAAUUGCGCACUUUCCUGUAACCGUAACCGCGUAGCCGCACUCUUUCUGGGAAACUUUGGACUCUCUUUGGUGAAGCACCUUGCAUGGACUUAUUUCGUAAGAUGUUCACGAAUCUGGCCAAUCUGCUGCUGGGCGCCUCCAGCGCCGCCUCCGGCGCCGAGAGCGAAACGGCGUGCUGCCCAGCAGACGAGAUGGCCUGCUGUGACUGCGACGAGCUGAGCGUGCAGGAGGCCGAGGACGACUGGCUGCUGGUGGACGCGCAGCUGCAGCGAGGCGCCAUGCUCGCGUCCAUGGCGGUGGCGCCGCGCUCGCGCUCGGCCUCCGUCUCGGCGCUGCUCGAGGAGUCGUGGUUCGUGACGCCGCCGCCGUGCUUCACCUCGCAGGGCCCCGUCGAGCUGGAGACGUCGCCCCUCGAGAACCUGCUGAUCGAGCACCCCAGCAUGUCCGUCUACCACCGGCCGGCGAUGCCGCAGCACACGCCCUCGCCCCGCUCCGCCUCCCUGUCACCGCCGCCGAGGGGCCGCGCGCGUCAGCCCCUCGCUGCAGUCAACCCCCGCCCCCAGAGAACCCUCGUGACGCUGGCCAAGCAGCAGCAGCAGCAGAACGCGGCUGUCCAGGCUGCGCAAAAGGUGCAGCAGAAGGUUGGUGCGCAGCAGAUGCGUCGCACUGCGCUGGACCGCAACAACAAGGCCCGCGACGUCGGCUCGGCGCGCAACAAGCGUCCGCGCCGCUGCGACCACCAGAUGCGUCACUCAGGUGCCAACAACAACCGCAAGUGCUGAGGAGGACGCCACUCGUCGCCUGCCCGCCGCACACACACCGACCGACUUGUCCUCCUUCCGUUCAGUUAACCAGCCGACGGGACGUAGUUUAAUCGAACCCGGAAGAAUAGCAGACGCGGGCAGGCAGCCACCUCCCCCUCCCCUCCGACCCUGAUUUCCCCUGGCCGCAACCAAGCAACCACCGCCACCACCUCCAGCAAUGACGCGCAUCGUAAUAAUGUGAUACAUGAAAACAGCAGCGGGCAAACAAUAAUAUAUAUUUCAUGCAACGCCGAGUGCACAACACACAGUUUAGGGAUGAAUUUUCUCUCCACUAACGACUUAACCGAUCUGCACGCGCGAGCAGGGGCAGCCAGUCACCACUCUCGUCUCAGCAAGCAGACUUCCAUCAUCUCUCGUAAUUUUACACACUUUAAUCGUUUAGUCAUUUGAAAGUUUAUCCUUUUUUUGUAUAACCUAACUUAUUGCGUAUACAUACGGGCGAAAUUCCGCUUUUACUUUGGAAGAAGAAGAAGUAAUACUUUUUGCUUAGUUGUAAGUGCCCUUAUUUAAAAGGAGGUCGUGUGUGUCAUUUUUCUGCCAGAUCACGUUUUGGAAUUAAGAUUCCGAAACUCGUUGCUUGUAAAUAACGCGCGACACACACGCGGCGGCGAUCAAUUAAAUGUCUCAAUGUGUGAGAAUUAAGAGUGCAGAAACAGAAAAGCUGUCUUUGGUUAGUAGCAAUGUGUAACAAACUAUUAUUAGCAAGAGUUGUGCUGUAAAAAAACGUGUGGCGAUUGACCAGAGUAAAUGUUAUUAUACAAAUGCAAAAGUUAAGUGUUCAUGUACAUUUUGAGAAGCGAUGUAAAUACGCGAGAGAACCUAUUUAAAAGACGCCAACACGGAUUAAUAAAACAUUUCGCGCUGAAAAACACACGAUGCAUCUCGUUACCUGUCUCUACUACGAUUUUAACUGAAUUGUUUAGCAAUUACGGCUACAUUUUAAUAACUCACUUACUGCGAGAAGUGGCGUGCUUUGUGCACAACAAGCAAGUACAUUAAUUAAUGUUGUUAGCCAACUGUUUUUCGAAUUGUAAAUUAAAUUCUAUAAGAACGUAUAUAUAUAGAAACACACACACACACACGUCGUGCGUAAUAUUUAUAUUGUACUGCAGUCAAGUCCACACGCAAAACGAACAAAAAUACAUUAAAAAUGAAUAAAAGCAAAUAAAAAUUUAUAUAAAAAAAUCAUAAAACUAAACACAA